GUGUGUGUGAUAUGAAUACACACCCUGCGCUCACUUGCGUAAGACUAGUGGUAGCGAGAUGGACUCAGCGGGAGUCGCAUGUAUAGCAGGUCCAUUAUAAGAACACGCAGAGAAAUGUUAGUAUGAGCCAUUACACAUGGACUGGAUCACACAUGUUCUUCAUUACAAUGCCAAAUUUCUUAUUAUAUCAUUAAAGUGCAACUGACAGCAUUUUAUUUAUUUUAAAUCUGUUCAUAUCAUUCAUAUCCCCAGGAAGAAUAUGAAUAAUUUGUCACACUGUGGCACGGACUCACAUCAUAAAUUCAUAAAAUGUUUGGGAAUGACAUAUAGUAAGGCAUUUGUGAAAAUGUUAUAGCUACAUAGAGUGGGAAAGUGGCGGUGUGUUUGGACAAUUAAUACACUGUAGUCAUUAAACAUAAUAAAAACAUCUGUCCUGUCCAGAGGACCAGAGUCUACACAGACCGUGUGACAUAGUCAAUCAGAGCUACAGUAGGCCUAUAUGCAAAUAAACCAUUUUCCAGAUGGUCUGCCAUCAUUCACAUUGAACUGGAUUGUGUGUUUACAGGCAGUAGCAACAGCGUGACUUUAGAUCAUUAGAAAGCAUUCGCCAAAAGCCACAAAAUACACCUGAAUGGAUUUCUGCAAAUAUGUAAAUACCACGGGAGUCCUCUUACAUUUGGGAACUUGACAAACCUGUUGAUCAAACAACCAAGAAAAGCUGGUCUCUGUCUGGCUCGGAACAGUUUGCCCUGCGUUAUGCUGACGGUCCUCAGCUCUACAUUACUGAGCAGAGCCGUAGUGAAAUCAAGAAUGGAACCAUCCUUCGAUUAGCCAUAUCUCCUGCCCGUGCAGCGCGGCAGCUCCUGGACAGGAUCCAGUCCCACGGCAUAGACGCCCGCCUGGAGGCCCUGAAGGAGCUGGCCAAGCUGUCAGCUGACUCCACCUUCGCCACUGAGUUCAUCAGCAUGGAGGGCAUUGGAACCCUGGCGCGCCUGGUGGAGAGUGGCACCCACUUUGGGGAGAUGCUGGCCUUCACUCUCACAGCCUUCCUGGAGCUGAUGGACCAUGGCAUUGUGUCCUGGGACCUUAUCUCUCUGUCCUUCAUCAAACAGAUUGCGAGCUACGUGAACCAGCCGAUGGUAGACGUAUCCAUCCUGCAGCGCUCACUGGCCAUCCUGGAAAGCAUGGUCCUCAACAGCCACAGCCUCUACCACCGGGUGGCGCAGGAGAUCACCGUUGGACAGCUCAUCGGGCACCUGCAAGUGUCCAAUCAGGAGAUCCAGACAUACGCCAUCGCGCUCAUCAACGCCCUCUUCCUCAAGGCACCGGAGGACAGGCGGCAGGUGUACUGUACCAUGCUGUGUCUUGUGAUGUGUGCCUAUAAGUGUGCACUCUUUGUUUCCAUUGCCGUCACGCCUGCACCCCUCCUCCCAACUCACCCCCCUAAGGAGGAGCAUACUAACCCCCUGGACCAGCGGCUCACAGAGAUGGCGAGCACCCUGGCACAGAAACACCUACGAUCCAUCAUCCUCAAUCAUGUUAUCCGAGGCAACCGACCUAUCAAAGCUGAGAUGGCACACCAGCUGUACGUGCUGCAGGUGCUUACCUUUAACCUUUUGGAAGAACGGAUGAUGACCAAGAUGGAUCCCAGUGACCAGGCCCAGAGGGACAUCAUUUUUGAGCUGCGCAGGAUUGCGUUUGAUGGGGAAAAUGACCCUAGUGGCACGGAGAAGAGAAAGGCCAUGUACACCAAGGACUACAAGAUGCUGGGCUUCACUAACCAUGUGAACCCUGCCAUGGACUUCACUCAGACCCCUCCAGGCAUGCUGGCCCUGGACAACAUGCUCUACCUGGCCAAGCUGCACCAGGACACCUACAUCAGGAUUGUUCUAGAGAACAGCAGCCGUGAGGACAAACACGAGUGUCCCUUCGGACGCUGUGCCAUCGAGCUCACCCGAAUGCUGUGUGAGAUACUUCAAGUGGGAGAAUUGCCCAAUGAGGGCUGCAACGACUACCACCCCAUGUUCUUUACUCACGACCGGGCAUGGGAGGAGUUCUUCUGCGUCUGCAUCCAACUGCUCAACAAGACCUGGAAGGAGAUGAGGGCCACGGCUGAGGACUUCAACAAGGUGAUGCAGGUGGUUCGGGAGCAGAUCACCCGGACUCUGGCUAUGAAGCCCUCGUCCCUGGACCAGCUAAAAGGGAAACUACGAGGCCUCAGCUACUCUGAGAUCCUGCGUCUGCGCCAGUCAGAGAGGAUGAGCCAGGACGACUUUCAGUCACCACCCAUCAUUGAACUGCGUGAGAGGAUCCAGCCAGAGAUACUGGAGCUGAUUAAGCAACAGCGACUGAACCGCCUGUGUGAGGGAAGCUGCUUCCGCAAGCUUGGCAACCGCCGCAGACAAGAGAAGUUCUUGUUCUGCCGCCUGUCUCUGAACCACAAGGUGCUGCACUAUGGAGAUCUGGACGAGUCUCCCCAGGGGGAAGUGCCUUUUGAGCUGCUCACCGACAAGAUCCCUGUGUCUGAUAUCAAGUCAGUAGUGACGGGGAAGGACUGUCCCCACAUGAAAGAAAAGAGUGCACUGAAACAAAAUAAGGAGGUGCUGGAGCAGGCUUUCUCCAUCCUGUACGAUCCUGAUGAAAAUCUCAACUUUGUGGCUCCCAACAAAUACGAGUACUGUAUCUGGACUGAUGGGCUGUGUGCGUUGUUGGGGCGAGAGAUGGGCAGUGACCUCACACGCAGCGACCUGGACACACUCAUCUCCAUGGAGAUGAAGCUCCGCCUCCUGGACCUGGAGAACAUCACCAUACCUGAAGCCCCUCCCCCCGUGCCAAAGGAGCCCAGCACUUACAACUUCACCUACAACUAUGGCUGAGAAGUGUGUGUGGAAGGCCUGUUUUUGUUUACAUAUGUAUGAGUGAGAGAAAGACUAUAGUGUGUGUGGGCAUAAUUGCAAGUGUGCGUCUUUAUGUAUAGUAAGACAAGGAAACCACACACAUCCCCUAACCACUACAUCUUGAGCUCGACGUCGCUUGUCUAAUGAUCUGAAAUCCAAUCUCCCAAAAAUAAUCCAGGCAGGGUACUACCAAUAAGUCUAACAUCGUAUUUAAAUCGAGAUUAUGAUAUGUGCUUGAUACAAACCUUAACGUUUUGUUUUGUAACACAUCAUUUCAUGGCCUUAUCAACUGUAUGUGUGAAAAGAAGCUCUGUGUGUUUUGAACAGUUACAGCUGAGCCCUACUAUUGCGUCAUGCAUAACAACAGAACCAGAUCUGUUUGAACGAGACCUGGGUUCAAAUACUAUUCCAAAUAUCUCAAUUACUUUCACAUACAUUUCAAAGUAAAUAGUCCGAUAUUUUUUAUUUGAUAAGACAAGUAAUUGAAUAUUCAAAUCUAUUUGGAAAUAUACUUGGAACGAAUUGGCAUGUAUUUGACGAAUCUCAAAUGCACUGACUUAAAUACACUCCCAUGCAUUUAACCCAGGUAUUUGAAAAUAGUAUUUGAAAUAAGUACUUGAAAAUAUUCUCAAAUAGUAGACUUCCAAUAGAAGUAGUUGAUUCAGGCCACAUUAUUUGAAAAUACUCAAACACAAGUAAAUAAAUAUCAAAUAAUCAAAUACACAUGCAUUUGAACCCAGGUGUGGUUUGAACUGAUACUUCAUGGGCCAAGGUGUUGUUUUCAAGUCACUCCAUGUCCUUUCAUCUUCUAAUUCAGUACUAAUCUAUAUUAUUGAUGUUUGUUAUGCAGAAUAUAAUUAUAUUUUUGUAAAUGAUUGUGAAUUCAGCAGUGAAGAGAAGGAACACUAACUUUCUAGCAACCUACUAUUUGACUUCAGAGACGUGGUUAUUGAGAAAGACUAAUAAGCUAGGUAUCAAACUGUCUGUUCUCUGCAACAGAGUUCUCAGAUCAAGCAGUAAGCCAUUUGUAGGCUUGUCACAUGUUUUUCUUCUAUAAUUAUUCUACUUUGUAUAGUCCCAGUUGCCAAAUAGCGAUCUGUAUGUGGAGAUGUUUUACACUAAACAAAUGGAGCUUUCACCAUGCAAGCACUCUGAAGUCAUCCGUCAUAUUCUCUGGCAUUAGUAGGUCAGGAGAUUGCCAAAAUGUCUCUAACAUAAAUCCUCAAUGAUCAAGAUGUUCAAUAUCGGGUGUGUUUUUGUUGUAUCUUACACAGCUAAUGAAAGUAACAAGAAAUGUGCUCAGUAUAUGCUAUUGGAGUUUGGUUGCGCUGUACGUAAAUUAAUAGGAUUUAGUGGUCUUGUAUUGGAAGUUAUUUCAACAAAAGUGUUUCUGUUCUGAGUCUUUCCUUUGGAAAAGGGUUCUGGGUCUUGAUAUUUGAUGUCCCAUUGUUCAUAGUACACAAUCGGAAAGGGAUGUUAUGUAAGAGACAUCACUUUCAAAAGCUUGUAGCUGCUUAGAGAAUUCUACAAAAUUCCACAUUGAACCAAGUGGGGUUUCUAAUGGACACCAACAAUAAGGAGACUUUUGAAGAGGCUUUAGCAUCUGGUACUCUUUUACAUGACUUGCUGAACCAUGACUGUGUUCAGGCUAUUGCUGGUACUGAAUGACAUGUUUGUCAUGAAAUAACUUUACAUUGAAAUAUGGUAUUCAUAUAUAAAUAAUUGUCUGUAUAUAUUGUGUUGCCUUAUUAAAAAAAAUGUUUUGUGUGAAUAAAUACAAAGCUAAACUGG